AUGGACAGUAUUAGGACCAUAGACUCGAACGAAUCAAACGUGUCAUCGUAUUUAUUACAGUCGGAAAAUUCUCGAUCAAGAUAUACCAGCGAAGGAAGUCAACGAUCUGUCACUCCUGCAGAAGGCAUAAUACGGCAGGAAUGGUACUAUACAUUAUCAUCGACCUUACUUGAUUAUUGGCAGGAUAUUCGCGAGUUAUUCACCGGUUUAUGGUGUGCAUUUCUUGGGGGGAAACUCGAAGCGAUUUGGAAAUGCGUUUGUCUGCCAUGUUGCGUGUUGACGCGCGCACUAAAUGGACGCCGUCAAUAUUUCAGACCACAAACAGGUAUCGUGUAUUUGUACGUAUAUCUUUGCACCACUGUCGUACUCAAUUUGGCAGUAGCUUUGAAGAAUAUUCGCACAUCAACGGCUGAAGACAUUCAAAAAUGGUUUGCUAUUUUAAGUAUGUUCGUUGCGAUUAUUCUGAUGUUGUAUAUAUUUCUAUACGUAUACAAGACCGUGAAAUUUCCUCGCUCGCGCGGGACAUUAUUACGCGUCUUUUACGAGGGUGGAACUUAUGUUUUCGGGUUCUCUAGUUUUGGCUUUAGUGUUUGUGUUCUGUUCGACUAUAUUUCAUGCGGGCAAGUACUAUAUGCAGUUUUGACGGUCAUGAAGGCGACGUUUACAGUCCUACAAAUACUAUUCCUUCACUAUUUCUACGAAGCCAGAAUUCCGGAAGACAGCCCGUACAUUGAAAUUAUCAUGGCGCACCUUCUGGGAACAAAUUUAGGGUUGUGGUUUUGGACUUUGUGUUCUGAAGAAGCUGACGAAUCCCUGGAAGACUGUAUGCACUACCCCAUACAACUUGGCCAUUCGGAGCAGUACUUUUCGCCACUUUUCGUGGAAUAUCUGCUGCUAGCUGCCAGCUUGUUUUAUCAAAUUUGGAAAAAAUUGUCACCGCGAGAUACGGUUUCGUCUUUGCCGCAACGUCACUGCUGUACCUGUUAUUGCAACGUAAUAGAUAGUAAUACGCUUGAAAACAGUCAGUCCGAGAGAAGGAAUUCGAACAACCGUAGAAGGUCAAUAUCAGAUCAAACAAAUUCAGCCUCGGGACUCGGCCUUUUCAUUGGCGGUUGCUUUGCAGUGCUGUUUAUAGUUCUGGUUCUAAUGUCGAAAGAGACUGGCUCAAGCCAUCAAGGUUACCAUAUAGCAUACGCUGUUGGGAUUUUCAUUCUAUACUUUACCCAAGUUUGCGCAUGUUAUGCCAUCCAAUUAUCCUUGCAAUCACACGAACGCAACCCCGAACGCUUUUCGCUUGACCACGAAGAUAUACUCCUGUUUAUUUCUCUGGCAGGAAUUCUGCUCUGGGAAUGCUUUCAUGCUUAUAGCCUGAUAUUGAAUGGUCUAACAAACCACGUCCACGGUUCUGGAGUUUUCGACAUGACCAAAGACGCAUUGGCAAUUGUACAACACUUAUUCCAAGCAACUACGUUAGUUAAUCUUCGCCGCCAUCAACGAACGCAAGGUCAGCAAUCUGACAAUGUGUGGAUUUGCGAAUGCGUGUUGUUCCUGCUGAUAACUAAUCUUACUUUGUGGGUCCAGGAUUCCUUCUUUUUUGAAGUGGAUAUCACAACACCGGGCGAAAGAUAUGUACAAAUGCAGCAAGAUUUGGCAGCCAUUGGAUACGUUGUCUACCCGUUGAGUAUAUUUUUCAGAUUCCAUUCUUCCGUUUGCUGCAUAAUCGCGUGGUCCAUUUUCAGAACUGAAACCUAG